AUGGAGUGCUGGAAGCUGGUGGCUGCCCGCAUGUUGUCGACCUCUGAUGCCAGCGAUGCGUCGGGCACGCUGAAGGAGUUUGAUGUGAGGCACAAGGCAGACUGCGCCAAGGCGCGCGCGUUCCUCAACCUCAUGUUCACCUGCCGCGAGCUGUACCACGACCUGCCCUGGGCCGUGCCCAAAUGGUACCUUGCGGAAGUUCUCACGCAGGCACUCGGCGACAAGAAACCGCGCACAUCCAUACAGGUGCGAGACAACUUUGGCGCAGCGGGCUCCGUGCCUGCAUACGCCGAUGUCACAUGGACUGUCGACGACGAUUCCACCGUCUCAGAUUGGCUCGACACGUUUCAAGCCGCACUUCUCCCACCGCUGUUGGCAGUGCAAAGGAUGAGUGCCGACGACAACAAUGGCAACAAUGACAGUGGUGACUGUGGCAACGCUGCUGUGUGGAUGGAGAACCGCUUCCUUGCGUACUCCUGGCUCGGCGUGACCUGGGCCAGCGACCUCCCCUUCUUGCAGGCGCGGCUAACAGGUGUUCAGUCCUCGGCUCCUGCCUUUUGGAGGCAGUUUGCUCGGUGCGGACGCAUCACAUUCAAAUGCAUGGACGACAUCGAAGCAUGGGCUGCUGCCGUGGACGCAGGUCGACAGGAGAGGGGGUGGAUGGAGGUGGGAGGCGAUAAAGAGGACGAGGAAGGAGAUAUGGUGGGAGGGGAUGUGACAGAGAGAGGGGAUGUGACAGAGAGAGGGGAUGUGACAGAGAGAGGAGAUGUGACAGAGAGAGGGAAGGUGACAGAGAGAGGGGAGGUGACAGAGAGAGGGGAGGUGGGAGGGGAUGCUGAACACAAACAACAACAACAACAACAACAACAACACAAACAACAACAACAACAACUUAAACAACAACAACAACAACAACAACAACAACAACAACAACAACAACAACAACAACAACAACAACAACUUAAACAACAACAACAACAACAACAACAACAACAACAACAACAACUACUACUACUACUACUACAGCAGCAGCAGCAUCAACAUCCCGCCCUGUUCUUUGCCAGUGUCGAGUUCAGCAGCCAAGCAGGCGCAAACCGCUUCAACGAGCUCCGAUCCACAGCGUUGGGUGGUGCACGUGCAGAGAGAUUGAAAAUCACAACCACAGCACCGUUGGCCUCCCUGACUCUGUGUAAUGCAAACACACUCAUCCUGGACUCAAUGUGCCAGAAGCUGGAAAGCGUGAUCUUUCGCGACAUUGGGCACAUAAGAUGGCUCAGCAUGGCGCAUGAGCAAAACACGCUCCAAGGCGAAGUGUCCAACGUCGGCGGCAUCAACUUUCAUGGCCUUGUCGAACUUGAUGACUUUGCACUGUUUGCCGGCCUGCACUGCGUGAGGAUCGCAAACCGACACGUGGACCUUGUACCGCUUGCUGGCAUCAACACGCUUGUGCUUGCGCGUGUGACUGUGGACGACCAGUCUGUGAUGGCAGACGCGGAGGAGCUUCAUGUCCACGAGGCGCCGCUUGAGACUGACACACUCAACGCCAAGCGCGUCACACUGUCCUUUGUGAAGGGCGAUGUGCCGGCUCGCAUUCAUCUUCCAAACGCCACCCACUUCGGGCUGGGGUACGGUUCCUGGAGUACGCACGUGAAGUUUGUGCUUCCGCCCCGCGUCGACACCAUCACGAUUCGAAGCGUGGACCUCAACAUUCCACGGUUCGAGCACGCGCGGGUGCUGGACCUCGACUGCCGUGGCAAGGUCAACCUGUCUGCCUUGGCACACCGCGUGGACAAGCUGGUGAUCCGCAACCCAGUCGUGCUGCGCACCAGUGCAGACAAUCCGUUGGGCCGCCUGCUGCCAGUGCCAGACAACGUGUACGUGUGCUUGGACGACCUCCGCAUCGUCCUGACGGGGAGCCAGCUGCCGCAGUGUGUGAAGGAGCUGUCUGCAAAUGGGCGUAGAAUUGUCAGCAGACGCGAACCCGGCGCGUACCGGCCCGGCACUGUUGCUCGUAAAGACGCUUCCAGCACCAACUACCGCCUUGGCGACGUGGGCGCCCUGCGUGGGCGGCGGCAGCUUCACCUGGUGUGCGUGACGCUUGAUGGCGUGAUCAGCGACUGCAACCACGUGUCACUUCGCCGCUGUAACGGCUCCUCUGCUAACUUAAGCGGGAUCACAUGGCUGUAUCUGGAGCGGGCCACGGUCAUGGCAAGCGACGAUGAUGACAAGGACGUCGAGGAGGACAACGACGGCGAUGACAGUUCACGUGUUCCUCAGAACCCGGAAGCCCCACUGCGUGUGCAACGCAUUCAACGCGUGUUCACGUGUCAACUUGGCGCCUGCAGCGUCACGGCCUCCUCCUGCUUCCGCAAUGUCCACCGCCUCAUCCUGGAACGGUGCACGUUCGAUGACCUGGGUGCGCUGACGGCGGUCGGCUGCCUGGUGGUGCGCGACUGUACCAGCAUCGACCGGCUGUGGGCGUGGCCAGAUGCGGUGCUGGUGAACCGGACGCCAGAGGACAUGAUGGCCGUGCUCAUGAGCGGCAGGGUGGAGAAGGUGUGA